UUUAAACUUGCAUCGAAUAACGGAAAGGGAAAAGAACUCGGAUUCAACACCCGAGCGUAAGAUCGAAGAUCUAACCAAGAAACGAAUUGAGAAGGCACGGUUGAAGAUUGGGAAGCAAACUGGAACAAUAGGCACCGUGUCGAAAAGAUCAAAAACCGAGAGACUCUUGAAUGGGAGAUAUCUCUUCGAUAAGAAUGAGGUUAUUGGUGAAGGACAUCAUGGAAGAGUCUUGAGAGGGAUUGAUCUCGGAACGAAUAUGCGGGUGGCCGUAAAGUGUCUGAAAAAGCAAUUCAAAUGUACGAUGGGUCGAUUCCAGAUUGCUGACAGGAAACAGAAGAAGAGGAAUGCCGAGAUAAUACACGAAGGUCGGAUGAUGUUACAAAUAGAAGAUCUUCCAAAUAUUGUGUCGCUUUUGGAUCUGGUCGAGACCCCCAGAAAGGUAUACUAUGUGAUGCCUCUGGCAAACAAGGAUUUGAGUGAUGUUGUCUAUCGACGACGGAUGACAGAAAGUUGUGCGCGUGAUCUCAUGAGACCCAUAUUCGAGGCGGUUAAGGGUCUGCACGAUUCGGGAUAUACACAUCGCGAUAUCAAGCCCGAAAACAUCAUGUUGUAUCAAGGUGGGUUUGCCAAGCUUGGAGAUUUCGGUCUCUCUACCGAAUUCGGCUAUCAUUCGGGUUUACAGGUCGUCGGAACACCCGCCUUUGCUGCACCCGAAGUCUUGGGACAAUUCCACCGUACAGAGAAAUUGGCAUGGUUAAAUUACAAGCGUGCCGACAUAUGGUCAUUAGGCGCGACUUUGUAUGUCUGUCUUGCUGGACGGUACCCAUUUGACGACUCUAGACCCAUGUCCGAACAAUUAAGUUCCGGCAUACAGUUUCCCAAGAAUCGAUUCCAACAUUACUCGGCACACGCCGUUGAUCUCAUCCAAAAGUUGAUGGACGUUGAUCCGUUGAAGCGUAUUUCAGUUGACGAAGCACUGAAUCAUCCUUUCUUCACCGAGUCGUAA